AUGGAAGCCAAACUCCAAGCUCUCAAAGUAGCGGAGCUCAAGGAGCUCUUGCACUCGGCUCAACUGCCUACGUCUGGAAAUAAGCCUGACUUAGUGAAGCGGCUCCUUGAGAAUCCUGACGCGACCCAGACUCUGCAGGAUGCCGCGGGCGAUGAUAAAACAGCCGCGCCACAAAAGCCGGCUGAGUCCACUGGACAAAACAUAACCAAGCCUCUUGCAGUCCCAGCGCCAGCAUCAGAGCCAUCAAAAGCUUCGUCUGAUUCUACAGCAACGUCUUCAACUCUUCCAGAGAACAAGACAACUGACACUGGCCAGCCAAGCAAUGCAGCAGAUUCAACGGCCGCCCAACGGAAAGAAGACUUGCUUGCCGAGCUGGAAAAGCGAAAGUCGCGUGCUAUCCGUUUUGGACAGCCGUAUGAUGAUCUCGAAAAGCAAAUUUCGCGUAUCCAUAAGUUCGGUAUUGAGACAAAUGAGGCUAACGGCGUAGAUCGCCUUGAAUCCGAACUGAACAAGAGCAAAGCCACAAAGUCAUCAGGACCAAAGGCUUCAGUAAGCGGCAAGGGUGUCAAAUCAACCCCAUCAAUGGAUACAAGUGUGGAUGUACGUGAAAUUGGGCUACUAACAGCAGGCGGAGGAACAAGAGCGUAG